GGGGGCUGGCCGGGCAGCGGCGGGCGGCGCUCGGAGCGGUCUCCGCGGCUGGCAAGGCGCCUACAGCUCGGUCCCGGCUUGGCGGACGGCGCAGGGCAGCUGAGGGCCCCGGCCCGCGCGGUAGCGCGGCACUCACAAGCGCGCGGACCCAGCCGCAGCCGUGCGCCCGGAGCAGAGCGGCCACUGCCCGGGGGCCUCGGCCCCGGCGCUCGCAGCGCCGUGCUGCCUGCGCUUUAAUGGCUGCUCGGCCGGCCGGCGUGUAGGGGUGCGGGCGGCUGCGGCGCGGGAAGGCGCCCGAGCGAGCCUCCUCCGCGGCCGGCCGCGCUCCAUGGCGCCGCGGUCUUCCCGGACGGCCCGCUGACCCGGGACGCUGGUCCCUGCUAUGAACUGAGCCCCUCUACUGCUUCAUCCUCAGCGUUCUUUUCUUUUUCUUUUUCUUUUUCUUUUCUUUUCUUUCUUUCUUUCUUUCUUUCUUUCUUUCUUUUUUUUUUUUUUUGCGCCUCCUCGGCUCCGUGCUCCCCGGGGGCUGCGGCGCCCCGGGUCUCGGUGGCCCGCGGGGCUCCGGGGCGCGGGGCGGCGACGACGGGGGGCGCGCGGCUUUGGGCGCCGCGCCUGCACCAUGAACUACCAGCAGCAGCUGGCCAACUCGGCUGCCAUCCGGGCCGAGAUCCAGCGCUUCGAGUCGGUCCACCCCAACAUCUACUCCAUCUACGAGCUGCUGGAGCGCGUGGAGGAGCCGGUGCUGCAGAACCAGAUUCGGGAGCACGUCAUCGCCAUCGAAGAUGCUUUCGUGAACAGCCAGGAAUGGACACUCAGCCGAUCGGUACCGGAGCUCAAAGUGGGAAUUGUGGGUAACCUGGCCAGUGGCAAGUCUGCGCUGGUGCACCGGUACCUGACAGGCACGUACGUGCAGGAGGAAUCUCCAGAAGGUGGCAGGUUCAAGAAGGAGAUUGUUGUUGAUGGACAGAGUUAUCUGCUGCUGAUUAGGGAUGAAGGGGGCCCCCCGGAGGCACAGUUCGCCAUGUGGGUGGACGCGGUCAUCUUUGUCUUCAGCUUGGAGGAUGAGAUCAGUUUCCAGACUGUCUACCAUUACUACAGCCGAAUGGCCAACUACAGGAACACCAGUGAGAUCCCAUUAGUGCUGGUGGGGACCCAGGAUGCCAUAAGUUCCACCAACCCGAGGGUCAUCGAUGACGUCAGGGCUCGGAAGCUCUCCAAUGACCUGAAGAGGUGCACGUACUAUGAGACGUGCGCCACCUAUGGGCUCAACGUGGAGCGGGUCUUCCAGGACGUUGCCCAGAAGAUCGUUGCCACAAGGAAGAAGCAGCAGCUAUCCAUAGGCCCCUGCAAGUCCUUACCCAACUCUCCAAGCCACUCGUCUGUGUGUUCUGCCCAAGUGUCCGCGGUACACAUCAGCCAGACAAGUAACGGAGGUGGGAGUUUAAGUGACUACUCAUCCUCUGUUCCUUCGACCCCAAGCACCAGCCAGAAAGAGCUUCGGAUCGACGUCCCUCCCACUGCCAACACUCCAACGCCUGUCCGGAAGCAGUCCAAGCGCAGGUCCAACCUAUUCACAUCUAGGAAAGGGAGCGACCCAGACAAAGAGAAGAAAGGCCUGGAGAGCCGUGCGGACAGCAUCGGGAGCGGGCGAGCCAUCCCAAUUAAACAGGGCAUGCUGCUGAAGCGAAGUGGCAAGUCACUGAACAAAGAGUGGAAAAAGAAGUACGUCACCCUGUGCGACAACGGUGUGCUGACCUACCACCCCAGUUUACAUGAUUACAUGCAGAAUGUCCACGGCAAAGAGAUAGACCUCUUGAGGACCACUGUGAAGGUGCCGGGGAAGAGGCCGCCCCGAGCCACGUCUGCCUGUGCACCGAUCUCCAGUCCCAAAACCAACGGCCUGGCCAAGGACAUGAGCAGUUUACACAUCUCACCAAAUUCAGGGAAUGUCACUAGUGCGUCUGGGUCUCAGAUGGCAAGCGGCAUCAGCCUGGUCUCCUUCAACAGCCGACCCGAUGGCAUGCACCAGCGCUCCUACUCAGUCUCCAGUGCCGACCAGUGGAGUGACGCUACAGUCAUUGCAAACUCAGCCAUCAGCAGUGACACGGGGCUGGGUGACUCGGUGUGUUCCAGCCCAAGUAUCUCCAGCAGCACCAGCCCCAAGCUCGACCCACCCCCCUCCCCCCACGCCAACAGAAAGAAGCACCGGAGGAAGAAAAGUACCAGCAACUUCAAGGCUGACGGGCUCUCAGGCACUGCUGAAGAGCAAGAAGAAAACUUGGAGUUUAUCAUUGUGUCCCUCACUGGCCAGACGUGGCACUUUGAAGCCACCACAUACGAGGAGCGAGACGCAUGGGUCCAAGCCAUCGAGAGCCAGAUCCUCGCCAGCCUGCAGUCGUGCGAGAGCAGCAAGAAUAAGUCCCGACUAACCAGCCAGAGCGAAGCCAUGGCCCUGCAGUCCAUCCGUAACAUGAGAGGGAACUCGCACUGCGUGGACUGUGACACCCAAAACCCUAACUGGGCCAGUUUGAACUUGGGAGCCCUCAUGUGUAUCGAGUGCUCGGGGAUCCACCGGAAUCUCGGCACCCACCUCUCUCGGGUCAGAUCGCUAGACCUGGACGACUGGCCCAUGGAGCUGAUCAAGGUGAUGUCAUCCAUCGGGAAUGAGCUGGCCAACAGCGUGUGGGAAGAGGGCAGCCAGGGACGGACAAAGCCCUCACUGGACUCCACCAGGGAAGAAAAGGAAAGGUGGAUCCGGGCCAAGUAUGAGCAGAAACUCUUCCUGGCCCCACUGCCAUGCACAGAGUUCUCCCUGGGCCAGCAGCUGCUGCGUGCCACUGCCGAGGAAGACCUGCGGACUGUCAUCCUACUUCUGGCACAUGGGUCCCGGGACGAGGUGAAUGAGACCUGUGGGGAAGGAGACGGUCGCACGGCGCUGCACCUGGCCUGUCGCAAGGGCAACGUGGUCCUGGCUCAGCUGCUGAUCUGGUACGGAGUGGACGUCAUGGCCCGAGACGCCCACGGGAACACAGCACUGGCCUAUGCCCGGCAGGCCUCCAGCCAGGAGUGUAUUGACGUGCUUCUACAGUAUGGCUGCCCCGACGAGCGCUUUGUGCUCAUGGCUACCCCUAACCUGUCCAGGAAGAGCAACAGCAGGAACAACAGUAGCGGGAGGGCGCCCAGUGUCAUCUGAGCUCAGCCAACACUACACCUGGGAUCCCACACCCACCUGCUCCAGAAGUUGCAACCACCACGUGAGUCCCUCAGUUCCCUCCCUCUUCCAGGUGGAAGCCUUCCACCCACCUGCCACUCACUCACCCCACAUGAAAUCUCCAGACCUGGACAUCCUCAAGGGGAGAAGAGGAGGCUGCAGGCCACAGGACGGAACUCUUUCCCCACCCUCCGGAAGCAACGUAGGAGGACCGACCACCUCCCGGCUUUGAGGAUAGCACACGACAACGGGGACCCCUGUUCCAGUGGCCUGGAGACGGGGCAGGGGGAGGGGUAGCAAGGAGAAGGGGCAGCGUCCCCUAGCUGGCAGUUAAGCACAUCAGUACAUUUCACCUCGACCAAAAGGAGGCUUAGAUUUCACGUCUUCUCGGGGGAGCUUGACGGCAUAAAUCAGAAGCAAGCACAGUUUGUCAGGUCUGAAGCCCCUAUGAUGGUAGGUGUCAAAUCAGUUGUAGCUAAUCUGUCCAGGGAGAGUACCAGCUUCAUUACACUUGUAUAGUCGAGUUCCUCCAGCAUUACCGCUGUUUAAUAGAACGUGAUUAGUCAUCACCGGGAAGAAGGCAUAUUAGCCGAGGAGGUAGUUACACGGCACGCUCCGGUGAUUGCCACGAUAUGAUUGCAGUGCGCCUAGCAGCAUCAUAUUAUCCUAGACGUGUCUCUCCAGCCCUUGGAGCCCUCCUUUCUAAAUUCACUGUCAUAAUUUAGUAUCUGUUUAAUUUUUCAGUCCAAAGAGAGGAAAUCAGUUGCUGGGUAUUAUUUGACUUCAGUCCCCUUACUUGGUGCAAAAACAAAAUGGAAAAUAAAUAAAUAAGUAAAUAAAGAGUCACUUGGAAAUUCUAAACGAAAUCAUGAAUUCGGCUGAAAACAGCUUUCAAAUAUGUUCCAAAACUAAAUACAUAAAAGACUUUUUUUUUUCUAAGAGAUUUUUCUGUACUUUGGCCACAACGGAUGUGUCAGGCCUCAGUCCACAAGGUCUGGAUUACCCAGGUUUCUGUCGUAGAUAAGAUGUGUGAAAAUCUAUUUGAAUAAAAGAAGUUCAUAAAUAUGCAUUGAUUUUUGCACAGACAAAUGGCACCCAUGUUAAUUUAUAAAUUGAGCUGGAUGGGAACUAAUAACGUGCAACUGGUUGAGCUCAGAGGGUUACAGAUCAUUGUCCGUGGGAAGUACUCCCAGCAGCGAACACUUCCAUUAAUGUGAUAAACAGCUUUUUAAAAGGUGCGUAUCAGAAUAAGUCGGUGGCACAAUUUGCUUAUUAAAGUCAGGACAGGAAGCAGGGAGGGGAAAGAGGGUAUGAGCCCUCAUCCCAGAGCCCAGUUUUAGAGCCGAGACCAUCUUCCCAGUCAAACCGAGGGGCUGUGGCAAGAAGGGGUGAUUUCUCAAAACACCAGACCCACAAAGGUACCCUGUGAGCAGCUGCUAGCGGCUCUGGCACAGCCGGCUCCUGAGUCUGUAGACUCCGCACAGCACGGCCCGUCUGGCUCUAACAUCCGAUUUGCCAUCGUAGGUCACAGGGCUCAUCAGAUACCGGACACCUUCAGCACGGUGAUCAGACAGGAACACCAAACCGUGACACUAUUUAGUUCUUAAAAAAAUAAAUUGGGGCAGCCUUGCCAGAGAGCCCCCCGCCUGGUGACAGUGUGGCAGGGAGAAGUCCAUCACACUGGAAGACAGGACGCUGGGCAGAGCCACCACCGGCAGCCUGUGGAGACACUCCCUACGCUUAUAUAUUGAACUUUAUAUUUUGUAAGAGUUUUUCCUCCUCUUUAACUUUUUAAAAAAAGAAAACAAAAAACAAAUGUAAAGUAGAUGGGAAGGAAAGUGAAGCUUCACACAGCCUUUAUAUGUGGUGCGCGUCUUGUGGGGAUCUCCAGUCUGGGCACAGCCGGAACUGACCGGGAUCCAGAAAUGUCACAGAUGCGCAAGCCGCGGGUCUGAGGCCCCUGAACUCAGUCCAUAAGCCCUGCGUUUGGUUUCUCUUCCUGCUCUCCAUCACUGUGUUGUUACUUUAAAUGUGAAUAGAGAAAACAAGCUGUCAUUGCCUAUUUUUGAAGAAUGCGUUAGCAUCCGACCCCGCGAUCCGCAUACGCCUCCACGUAGCCUUUACCAUAGACUUCUAUAGAGAACACAGAUAGAGUAUAAAUGAGAUUCUUAAAUUAUUUCAGUGUAGCUAAUCCCCACUAGGAAUGCUUCUGUCGUAGGGGAGCCUACUUCAGAAAGGAAGCAGAGUCCUUUGUGAGGUCUCUCUUCGGGGUGUAUAUGAGUGUGUACAUAUUAUUGUGUGUUUAUAUGAUAUUUUCCCGAAUGAUUCCUUGUUUCACAUCAUCCUCCGCUGCCUGAAUGCGCAGUUGCUCGCUCUGGUUCCCUCCCUCCCUCCCUGACACCAUCAGUUCUUCCUCGGAACACAUGGCCCCCUCCCCUGCCAGUUUUUGCCGUGCUGAACUGUCCAAGAGUAGCCCACUUUUCAUAAGCCUGAGUUGUGGCAAUAGAUACAAGGGUGGUAUCGGAGCCUCCAGGGUUUUCUGUGCAGAUAAAGGAGAGACUUGAUUCAACUGAACUUGUAUUUCACACCAGGUCCUUCCCUCAACAACAGCUUCCUGUUCCCAUUUUCAUGAUGACACCAAGGCUGGGAGAAACAGGGACAGGGUUAUGGCUGGCAGUCCCAGUAGCAAACACUUCCCCUAAUGCAAUGCGCUUUUUAAAGAGCACAUCAGAAUGAGAUAGUCACCCGGUUGACUUGCUAAAAUCAAGGAAGGAAGUGGGAAAAGUCAAAGAAGCUGGUUAAGUGGGGGGAACACGGAACAUGUGCGUUCUCACUCCAGACACUGUUAGAGCUGAGACCCCACGCCCACCAGGCCCAAGCCUUCCUGUUAAAGGUGAAUCUCUCCCUUCUUGUUGAGAGGUUCCCAGCUGGGACCAGCGGCAAAGGGGCCUGUGACUUAUCUGUCAUUUGUCCUGGGGAGUCACUGAUAGAACCAGGCACAUGCCAGGCUCACCUGGGGCUACCUCUGCUAAGCUUCUGAUACCCUCCCCCGGGCCGUGAACAGUGUCGGGAGGGAGAGCAGCCUCAUUCUGAGAAAGCCACUCUAAUGUUCUGUCUGGUUUUACAAAGAGCUAAGCACUGCUCUCCUACUGUCCCCAAGUGUCACUCAAGCCUAAGACGAGCCUCCUCUCCUGCAACCUCGUACCUACGCUGUUGGCUCAUCAAGCCUCCUUCUCCCUGUGGUUCCUACCACGAGGCUGCUGGGGUGAGCGCGCACGCACGCACGCACGCACGCACUCGCUCGAGGAGCAUACAUGCUCUGUCAGAGCCCUCUGCCCUUUAACUUUGAGCAUCCUAACACCUCAGGCCUUGGGCUUCACUGCCUCUAUCCCGAGGAGCUUGGCCAGAGAGUGAACCCCGGGGCACUCCGUAACAUCCUCCUUUCUCUGUCAAGACCCACAGUGAGUUUGUGUCUAAACUUGGUGAGCUGGAGACUUAACUGGCCAUGAGCCUGAUUUGUGCUCUUGGUUGCCAAGGUUUCGGCCCCUCCUCCCUGCAUUGACGCUGUUUCAUGCCUGAGAUGCUCCAUCUCUGUCCCUCCUGGAGACGCCCCACAACAGUACAGCUGGGAGGUCAUCAGGGCCUCCAAACUCCUGAGAGGCUGGCCUCUCUGAGAAGCCAGCCCUUGUCUUUGGGUGGGCUCUCCUCUGCUCGUCUGUCUCCAUCCUUCACAUCCUACAAGGUCCCCAAGGCUUUGCUAGAAAUCCCCCCAGGAUCGUAUUUAUGACUUUGAAGCAAACAAAUUAAAAAGCAGGAAGGAAUUGGAGGAAAUGUGACAUGGAUGAACAUCUCUGCUUAAAAAAAAAUAAAAAUAACAACAGAAUUUAUCCCCCACUGCUUCUGUUGUGAAGGGCACAGCUGGAGGCCAUUUCUGCCUUGUCACUCACCAGAAAGCUACCAGGGCCAUUGGUGCUCAGUGUGCCACCUUCUCUUUCCAUUGUCUCUUAGAUUCUAAAUGGCCCUACUCCUGCCAGGCCCUGGCUAGCAGCACACCAAGAUGUGUGCCUGGGACAUAACAGGACCAAGUCAUAUCCGGUCUAAGAGAACCACAUGACCCAACUCUUUGUAUCUGGCCUGUUUUGGGCCCUUCUCUUUAAAGCAGCUGAGAUGAAUGGGGUUUUAGCCAAAAUGUCACAUUCCUCCUUGAGAGGUGAGAAAGGGAAGGGGAGAGGCCAGGCUACUCUGCUGGUGCCACCCAGCAGUCGACCAUAGACCAUGGGCUUUUAGUCCCACCCCUGGAAGCAAGAAGCAGGGACAGUUGAUUAGAGAUUCCAGUGCCUGGAGUCGGGGCUCAUCUCUCACUUCAUGGGGAAAGAUACCAUCUGGGGCCUCAGUGUUUGAAGAGGCACAGACUCCUUCUGCUCAGAAGUCCUGCCCUGACAGGGCUCUUUCAGAUGCUGAGACCCCACUUAGUUUCUGGACCUGCUGUUCUUUGGACCCUGGGUCAGAGUUGCAGUGAGAGAAGGUUUCAUCAUGGAUAAUUCUAGACAGCCAACAAGGCUCUGUGUCCUUAGGUUUUAGCAGAUCUGGGUCAGGCCUGCUUAAGUGCCAUAAGCCUGGUGGCUCCCUGCCCAAGGCAGUGCACACUGAGGAUCCAGGGAGAAGCUGACCUCCCGCCCCUCGUCUCAAGAGGCCAAGUUUCCUAUAGAAGAACAGUAUUUAGUUUGAGUUUGCUCCUGUCUGGUCAGAGCAUCUUAACUGAGGCCUUCCUCUUCCAUAGUGAGCCUCAGGUGGGUGUGGAUACCCAGCACUGGCAGCUACUCGAGGGUCCAAGCAAGGGCCUCAGGGAGCAAGUGAGCGAGAGAGAGAGAGAGAGAGAGAGAGAGAGAGAGAGAGAGAGAGGAAGGAGAGAGGAGAGAGGUCAGCUCAGGGCUUGUCUUUAUUUUGCUGGGCACGUGGCAUCUUUUGGGGACCCCCCCAGGGGUCGGGAAUCAAGCCAUAAGAUAGACUCUCCUGCCAAAGGGAGGACUGAUCUGGAAUUCUGUGUGCAGGGAAUGACAUGGCCUUUGUCUUGUUGCGGGUGAAAUGAAGGAACCGAGAGGUAUGAGUGGGUGAGGGGGGAUGGGAUUAAGUCCUGAGGAGAGCCCCUUAAUACACUGUUGCUGGGAACAGCCGCUCUAGGAUCACAUUGUCCCCCAGUGUCUGGGUUCAGGCCUGGGUCCACACUAGCCCACAUGUUAGUGUGGGUAUUAGAGAUGGCUCUCAAAUGCUUGCAGGAAGAAAAGCAUAGCCUCCUGCGUGGCUCAGGUGGACUCACUGAGGGCAUGCACCAAAACAGAAUUUGUAAACAGCCCUUUGUUCACAGCUGAUGUGCUCAGAAGAUGCUCGGCCCCCCAGGCUCACCCAGAUGGCUAGGGACGGGACCAAGGGUGCUGUGAGUUGGGGGUCCAGCCCACGUGUAGCUUCUAGUUCCUGCUCUUGCAUGCACACACGCACAUUGUUCACCCACCAACCAAGUCCUGCAGUUUCCUUACCAGGGUAGUCGAGUAGAGAGACCUGGCUAUUGUGUGACAGACAGGCAAAAGAUACCUUCAAAACAUCCUUGUGAUCAGAGGGAAAGACGCCUGCACCUCCUGUUGAAAAUCAUCCCUCUCUUGUAUGUAAAACCAUCGCUUUCCCUCCCCUUAUGGUGGGGCUCAGGGGGGCCCAGGGGGUAGUUUGUUUGUUUUUUUUUUUUCUAAAAUGCACCACCUUCUAAGAUGAGAACUGGUGCUCCAGCCCUGAGCCCUGAGGACUGAAAGAGUGUUGAGUCCCAGGAAGGCACAGAAGGUGGCUGGCCCGUUACAACAGCCUGAGGGUAGACCCUCUUCUUUCCUUCCCCCAGUUCCACCUUGAGUCUUCUUGCCACAGGGCCUUCUUUGCAAAAAAAAUAAAAUAAAAAAAAAAUGAAACCCCAGACAAGGCAGGGCACCGCUGGCACUUUUCUGGGUAGGGGCGAGGAAGGCCAUCUCGCCUGCCUGGCCACACAUAGAAGGCAGAAGCCCAGUGAGGGCUUCUCCAGAGGUGGGUCGCCAAUUGGGCAUUUUGAUAUUACCUCAUUCCAUGAUUUUACGUUUCCCGAUGACUGAUGCUUUAUUUAUGCUGUUUGUCCUGUAACUAAACCACCCACAGACAUUUCGCUUUGCUUGUUCGUUCAUACGACCUUGUUCGGGUUUAAAUAUGCUGGUUUGUAUUUUCCUGCCUUGGGAUUUUGUGUCAGCUGUACAGUAUUCUAAGGGGAAAAGGAGACAGAGAAGCGUGUAAAGUAACGGAGAGAGGUGCCUAUAAUGGAGAGACCUCUUUCUAAUAAAGAAAAGAAAAUAUGUAUACA